AUGUUCACCACCAAGCCUCUAAGCUCAAUCAAAAAUGUCAUCCCCUCGAUCCACCAACCCUUACCCCUCUCUUCAAAGGAGUCGAAAAAGCUCCUCAACGUUCUGAAGACUUCCUUCCGCCAGCACCUCGACAAAGAGCAUGGCUACGCUCCCGAGAAUGCCGAAUCCUCCGCUUUCAAGGCAGCCUCCAAACACUCCUCUACCUCUCACGACACACAUCACCGACCGACUGACCGGCAUUUGCGCGCCAUUCUCUCCAACCCGCUGUUCAAGUCCGGCGUCCAGCCCAACAACAUUGCAUUCGCAACUCCACGCGACCCAAUGGACGUCUUUGAUGAGGCCGUAUCCCGGGGCAUGAUGACAAGAAAGGCGGCCACUGGCUGCCUGCGGACAAAGCGCCAGCAAAUUCUGCAAUCGAGUGCACUUUCGGUUCAGGACGCCAUGCUGGCGUCCGCAGCUGGCUUACGGGUGGUGCAGUGGCUCAGGUCGUCCGGCGAAGAACGGACACUCGACUUUCUCACAGAUCAGCACUUUGUCCAGGAGCUCAUACCAUUCAUGGUCGCCGAGGGGCUGGAGGAGGUUGCGUGGGUAUGGGCAGACCGAAUGGUUCGGGGUGAAGGCCCGGCAGACGAGAACAGCAAGAUUGUGGGAUCCUUGAUCGCCAACUUGGUAGCGGCCAAGUCGAACGUGGAGGACAGGAACCUCGACACGGCCUUCUCUGCGAUGCUUAGAGCAGAUGCCACAUGGAAGGCGGAUCCUCAGCUGCCUCAAAUUCUGCUGCGUCCUUGGCGGGUGCUCUCCUGGCAGUCAACCGUCGAAGCAUGGAAAAGACCGCUGCCUUCAGCCGCACUCUUUGAGUCAUAUAUCGGGACUGCCAACCACAUUCGGCGGCCGUUGCGACUUGACCGUGCACAUUUGGAGCUUCAUCAUCCCACUAACCCCAACCAUGAACGAGCCCUGAGGUUCCUUCAAGAUCAGCGUCUGGGUAACUUGGAGUCCAACAACAGUCUGGUCACGAGAGUCAUCUUCAUGGGCAUGGACGCCGUCAGCCACCUCACAAGGCUUGGUCGGACCGAUGAGGCCGAGGGUCUUCUCCGCCUGCUGCAGUCUAGAUUUUCCGAGGAACUGUGGCAAAAGCACCGGUCUCGUGGCAUGGCGCUUGUUUGA